AUGGCUGUAGCUACGGGAUCAUUCAACUUUGCUCUUAUGUUGCAAGAUCUGAAGAUUAUCGACCUUGCAUCAAUGAGAUACUGGAGUCCACCAUCGAUCUCUCGGACGAACAAUGCACAAGUCCUUUCCCCUCAGGUCGCUUUACAGGCCGGCCGUGGUAGAAGGCCAGGAAAGACCGACAGUAGCCAUUUACUUGGUGUAAAUGCAGCAGUCUACUUCAGAGGUCCCAGCUACAUGCGGCCAAAUCACACUGUCACAUUACUGAAGUUCCAUUCUGCUGCUGCUGCCUGCUCUCUGCUGCCUGCUCAAGCGGUGCAGCUCUAUCGAUGUGCGCGGGCUCUGAUGAAGGGAGAGAAGCCGUGCUGUUUUGACUCCCGUCCCAUCUCCAGAAGUGCCGUUUUCUACUGCUGA